AUGGCGGGGAGCAUGAUCCGGUAUAACGAGAUUGCUGCCAGAUACACCUCAAAGCUCGGCAUGAAGAAGGCUACGUCACACUUUCGAAGAUCAAGAUAUUGGCUGCGAAAUGCCUGUGCCAGACGGAGUUACACUUCGUUUCCAGAGCGCCUGCACCAUGAAUUGACAUGCCGUCAACUCCCAUUGUUUUUUGAUUACCUCCAACCUCAACCGUCGCAUCUGUUGGACCUGACCUUAAAAGACUUGUUUCCCAAGCUUGAUGUUUUUCCUCAUUCGCAAACUCUUCCAACAAUCGCCCGCCCCUCCUACUUGCCUCCGGCGCACCAUUUAGUCUAUUUCCCUCCACAAGUUACCCUCUCCCAGCUUCUCGCCGAUGGAACCGACAUUCUGCAUGCUCCUGGGCCACCCUUCAAUAGGCGCCUAUGGGCUGGCGGUAGAGUUAGGCUCGCAGUCAACAAUAAGCUAUCGCUCAACGGGGGUCGUGCCGUAUGUAUUGAAGGUAUCCGUGAUGUCAUCGUUAAAGGGCGACCUGGGGACGAGAAAAUAAUAGUCAAGAUCGAGAGACAAAUAGGCACUGUGCAGGAAAAUGAGACCGAAAAAGAGAUCAGGAACCGAAUAUGGAGUGAUGGUGAAGACAUGAAAGCGGACGCAUCAAUCGUCGAGAACAGGGAUUUGGUAUUCAUGCGAGACAAGACUGUCAAUCAGCUGGACGAAGACAAGGCGAAGUUCUCUCAAGCCCCCAGGACUAUUAAAUCUCCCGCGGACCCGAUAUUCCGCUAUCAGAUGAAGCCAACCAGAGCCUUGCUCUUUCGUUUUUCGGCACUCACUUUCAAUGCUCACUCGAUCCAUCUCGACAGAAGAUACACUAGCGAUGUCGAAGGCUAUCGAGACCUUCUUGUUCAUGGUCCUCUGACGUUAACACUGCUUCUUACAGCCCUUCGGCAUUAUCUGCAUGGAAGAGGUUUUUCUGUCAGCGAUAUUACCUACAAGAAUCAUGCUCCGCUCUACGUUGAAGAGGACAUAGCGAUAUGUGGGAAACCAAAGUCUACUGGAGACGGCUCUUGGGAUGUAUGGAUUGAGGGGAAAGAUGGGGGUACGUCUGUGAGGGGCACUGCUCGCGUAGGCAGCGUUGGAGAAUGA